AUGGCAACCUAGAUCUGAGUACUAAGCGACGUAUUAUUUUGGAGCCGCUUAAACGUGACCUAUUUUAUGUUUAUAAACUGACCGCAGGCUACAACACUGAAGUGAACUCCAAGAUCGAGGAAAGUUUAUAUAUUUGUUUUAAAUGUGCCUAAAUUGAUUCGCACUGAACGCAAACAGCUGGAUGUACGUCCCAAUGAAUGAAGUUGGCUCGUCGUCUUUAGAAAAGUCCAACGUUAUUUACCUCUAAAACGCGACAAUCUCAGCUGUUAACAACGUUUGCUUACAUUUCUAUUUUGACAAAGUAGUCUGCGUGUAACAGUAAGACAUGGCCACUGUUGUUGCCCAGUCCAAUUUCAUCUUCGGCUUACGGAAAGGGGUGACCAAUAACUUGUGUUUCCUCGACGACCAAACCGUGGUCUUCCCCAGUGGAAACAACUGCAUCCGUUACAACAUCGACCAGAAAUGGCAGAAAUUCAUCCCAGGCACAGAGAGGAGCCUGGGCAUGCAGGCCAUGGCUCUCAGUGCUAACCGACGCUACCUGGCGGUCUCGGAGAGCGGGGAGAAGCCCACCAUCACCGUGUACGACCUCACGCACGAGCAGGGCCGCAAGAGGAAGCUCCUGACCGCCGGCGACGGCCCGGCCGGAGAGUUCCUCUGCAUGGCCUUCUCCCCCAACUCCAAGUACCUGGUCGGCCAAUCAGGAGGCCCGACCUGGACCCUGGUGUUGUGGCUUUGGGAGAGGCAGAAGGUGCUGGCCACGGUCAGCAGCAGUGAUGGGGACCCCGUGAGCCAGGUGAGCUUCAACCCCCUGGACGACACCCAGUUGUGCGUGAGCGGGCCGGGCCUCGUGUGCCUCCUCAACUACCGCGAGGGCGUCCUGAAGCGGCAGAGCCCGGCCAAAGUGAAGGGCGUGGCCGUGCUGUGCCACGCCUGGGUGUCCGGCACACGCGUGGUCGCCGGCACGGACCAGGGCCGCCUGCUGAUGGUCGAGUCUGGGGAGCUGCGCUGGGACCUGGACGCCUGGACCAGACCCGCCCAACUACUGGAGACCAGGUUCUCGUGCUUGAAAUGA